AUGCAGAUUGGAGGACGGAGGGACGCUAUAACGGGAUCCGUAUAUGACAAAAUGAGUACGGUAUCGUCGACCAAGUCCACCCUCCCCCCGGGUUGGGUGAAGUGUAUGUCCAAGAGCCACCCAGGACACUGUUACUAUUUCAACAUGUCCACCAGAGCCAGGACCUGGCAGAGGCCAGUCCUGGACGAAGAAGAGGAGACAGCAAGCCCAGAAAAGGCUAAAACUGAAAAGAAGCAGAUCACUCGUAAGAACCAUGAUUCUGGGGUGCACUCAGACAGGGAAGACAAGUCCCCGACAGAUGAUGCCAGAAGCUGUGUGUCCAUGGCCAGCGCUUCAGAAAAGGUGUCCCAUUACUUCAGCUCCCUGUUGGACAACGACAAAACAGGACUGAGCAGCACAUGCACACCGUCAGUGGCUCCAUCAGAAAGGGGCCAGAAGCGCAAGGUGGAUGAUUCCGAGUUUAGCGACGACGCAAGCAUGCUGUCCCUCAGUGCCUUCUCCUGGUCAUCCUCACUGCUGUCACUCAAGAGCAGGAAGGAUGCCCCUGCUGCCGAGAAGUGGAAACCCCUCCAGCAGGCUUCGACACAAAAUGAUGUCGAUCACGGGCAGCCCAGUGAGACUGCAGCAGCAGUGGCAACUACGUCCACGGAACAACCAACAACCACAACUAGCCCCGGUGGGAAGAAGACCUCUACCAUCACCAAGGGUCUGACUCUGAAGCCAUUGCCACCAAAGACAUCCGCUGCCAGUCGUUCUCCUAGAUCUCCCAACCAGCCGCACACAGCUAACACUCCAGGUAGCCCUGCCCCUGUACAGAAGGAGAAACCACCCAAUACUAGCAGUGCACCAGAUGACAAUGGUUUAGACCCUCUCCCUGACUAUGAUGAGGCUGAGGGGUACACUGCACCGUCCCCCAGCAACGCCAAACACAAGCGCAUGAAGGCCUCCCUGCCUCCGCACGACCUCAGGAACAAGAUCACAGGAGAGCCUGUGGAACUCGUGAAGCCAAAACGGCCGAAGUUCUGGAGAAAUCCGUCCAGCUAUGUGAGGAAUAAGAUGAGAGAAAGGGACCUGAGGGAGAAGAUUACAGGUAAACCCAUGCCCCCACCCAUGGGGCCUCCACCCAUGGGGCCUCCACCCACUGUUGAUAACGGACAGUUCGCAAGACCGAUGGCUCCGAGACAGGAUGGCGUCUUCAAAGCGCCUUUCCCCGUGGCCCGUCGGCAGAACAAGCCCUACCACAGAAACCAGCCCUGGAGGGACCACAACGGGAACCACAACAGGCAGCAGAACUACUACAACCUGGGACAGGCGCCCAUCUCGCUGCAAGUCACCAUGCCGAACCGCACGGAUGAGAACUGGGUGGACAGUCUCACCGUGUGUGAGAGCCCCAAGUUCAGGAGCGGGGACAUGGACAAGGUGACGUGUACGGUGGACCAGCGGGACCACAGAAGCGUCGCUCUCCAAGGAGAGACAAACGCAGCCCUCGGCAGGGACACCAGCUUACCUCAGGAGAACUCUAACAGCCAGGAGAACCUGGAUGACGUCGUAGAAAUGGACAUCGCGAUGGACGUAGAGACGGAAGAAAGACUGAUCAAUGAGAUCCAAGAAGUUCGCGGGCACCUCGCCACGGACGCAUCGGCCAGCCACGGGACCCUGACCAGCAUGCAGGUUGUACAGAUAGAGUAUAUGGAGACAGAGACCACAGGGGUGCCCGGGGUAGAGGGGAACCUGCCUCUGUUUAUUGUGCUGGACACAAAUGUCCUGUUGAACCACCUGAAGUUUCUAGAUGACCUGAAGGACCAACAGAUCAGUGGGAUGGGCAGACCGGUGCUUGUGGUGCCCUGGGUGGUCAUGCAGGAACUUGAUGCCCUGAAGUCUCAGGACCUGCUGACCAGGCCAGGUCGUACCCUGAAGCUGGAGACUCAGCACCAGGCAGCUCAGGCUGUCAGGUACCUGUACAAGUGCCUACAGAACAGACACCCCAGGGUCAGGGGACAGACUGCACAGGAGGGCUCGGUGAAGCUGGUAGGUUUUAACCCUGAGUGCAAUGAUGACCGAGUGUUGCAGUGCUGCCUCAUGUACAGUCAGAAGUUCUCAGGAGUCAACGUGAUCCUGUUCACCAACGACAAGAACCUCUGUAACAAGGCCGUCAUCAACGGUCUGCAGGCCUUCACACGGGAGAACCUCAUGCCUGGGAUCAAGGCUAUGUACCCAGAGGAUGGCGGCACACCAGCCAUAGCUACAGUUUCCAAGAACACCAUGCCUGUACCAGUAAAAGCGGAACCCACUCACCCAGUGAGGAGUCCCUGUGUGUCUCCACCCCUGGGUCCCCCCAUGAGAGCCUCCACCCCACCCAUGCCUCCCCCAGGUCCAACCAGGGGGACAGAUCCCACCAGCAGAAGGAAACAAAUGGCUGACGACGUGCUGUGUGGUAUGAAGACACUACUGAAGGGUAUCCUGGCUACUGUACUGGAGACUGAGAUGAAAGAAGCGUAUGAGGAGAAAUGGAUGAUGAUUGUUUUCCGGAAGCCCCCAUGGUCCCUCCAGGAUCUACUGCAGUGCUUUGACAAACACUGGAUUGCUGUGUUUGGUAUGUUCCUGCAUCGGGAUGUGAAGGAGCACCUGGACAACCUGCUCAAACACUUCACCCGCGGGCGCAGCUACGGGGUGGACCUGCAGGAGACCCUGCAGCUGCUGCAAGACGCCCUGCAGCUGCUCAGACAGCUGCACAACCACAGCACAUAUGACGGGACCCUGCCUAAGGUUCUCUCAGAGCUGCAGACGGCACACCAGCAGUGUAAGGAGGUCCUGAGUGGGAACAUGUCCUGUCUCACUGUCAAACAACCUGUUCCACCUGCACCUGCCACGCAACAAGUACCUCAACAACAGGAGCCCACCAAUGAGCCAACCAUGGAUCCAGACUCCCAGAUGUGGAUAACCUUUAAUGUUGUCUGGAAGGCUGUCAACUACUUCCUUGUGAAGAUAUUUGAUGGGUUGGACUACAAACACUCGAUCCCGCCUGUAGCUAACAUGACGGGGUCCCUCCCCUCCCGAUACGAGGCUGUCACCUUCAUGUGCAAACUCCACCCUCACCUGGCCAGGGUGGUCAUGGACAUGGAGAAUUUUCUGAAGCUGGAGAGAGCGGAACAGCUGCAGCCGCUGGCCACAAACCUCUGUAACGCCAUCCACGACUUCCUCAAUCAACUGGUGUACACCAACAGUGAGUCAGACAGUCUGCGCUAUGCCACAGAUGUGCAGCCGUCUGUCUGUGUGCUGACUCCUGAACUGUUGAUCAGAUGUGGCAGGGAGCCUGUGGCACAGGAGAGGAUGGGUAAAGGACUCCAGCAGCUGGGCAUCUUCCUGACACAGCUCAUGCAGUGUGGCAACUUCAUCUUCCCAGAGGCCAGCAAGAACAACUGGUUACAACAGGCAUAGCUGUGUUUCCUUGUACAUUCUUUACAGGGGGCUUGUGCCAUUAUAUUAUAGUACAGUCUUUAAUAUGGCUAUGACACAAGGUGACAAAGAUCUAGUAUCCAGGUGGAGAUGAUAACAGCUUUAUCAGCCACAAAGUACAUGUACUGUAACUUUUAGAACACUGACAUAGCCAUUUGGCUACCAGUUCUCUAUAGGUUACAGGAUGAGGCAGCAGGGAGACGGUUAAAGAAUAUUUGGAACAGUUGUCGAGGCCUUUGUUGAAACCUGGGACCAGAGUCAUUACCUUCACCAGUAUUGUCUACUGAGAUGUAGCACUUUGAAUCUAUUUUUGUACUUAACGAUUAGAGUAGAAUCUGGUUUCAUCAACAAAAAAAGACAAGCCAAAGUAAAGCAAACAAAAGUAAAAUCUGUAGAGAUAUGUUAGCUUUUUUUUCCAUUGCAUUUUGUAUGAGAUGAAAAAUUGGAGACAUUCCAGACAAAGUCCAUGACAAGAAAUGCCUUUUCCUGAAGUGCAAUUUGAAACAAGUC